CAAAAUUCCAUCUUUACCUUUGGCCACAAACAAAUGCCCCCAAAAUUACUAGUUUUAUAUUCCGGAGUAGUAGCAGCAGUAGCAAUCACGAUGUUCCUCAUCAAGACCACCACCACCACCAGCACUAACGCCAUUUCCACCAAAGCCUCCCCUCCUUUCCUCCUCCUCCGGUCCCUCUCAAAACCCUCUUUCUCCUUCCCGAAACCCUCCUUUAAAUUCCCCUGUACCACCACCGCCUCCGACAGCAACCGUCCCAAUUCUCUCUUUUCAUCCCCGAGAAUGAGUUGGCUCAACAAGCUGGGUUUCGGGACGCGUACCCCGACCGAAUCCUCCAUGGACUCCUCGACUGCCCAAGGCCCAGAUGAUGAUAUCCCCGCUCCCGGUCAGCAGUUCGCUCAAUUCGGAGCAGGUUGCUUCUGGGGUGUGGAGUUAGCGUUCCAGAGAGUGCCAGGUGUCACAAAAACAGAGGUCGGGUAUUCACAGGGAUAUCUUCACAAUCCCAGCUACGAGGACGUCUGCUCGGGGACUACUAAUCAUUCCGAAGUGGUGAGAGUGCAGUAUGAUCCCAAAGAGUGCAGCUUUGAUACUUUGCUCGAUGUUUUCUGGGCUCGCCAUGACCCCACCACUCUCAAUCGCCAGGGGAAUGAUGUUGGAACUCAAUACAGAUCGGGAAUUUACUUUUAUACACCUGAACAAGAGAAGGCUACACUUGAAUCCCGAGACCAACAUCAGAAGCUUUUGAACAGGAAGAUUGUUACUGAAAUUUUGCCUGCCAAGAAAUUUUACAGAGCUGAGGAGUAUCACCAACAAUACCUUGAAAAAGGGGGUAGAUUUGGUUUUGGGCAGUCUGCUGCUAAGGGUUGCAAUGAUGCCAUAAGAUGCUAUGGCUGAAAUGUUCAACCAUGCCGAGAGGAUACAUAAAUUACUACUUUUUAAAAGAAAAAAAGUCUACAUUAUGGUAUGUUUGUUAAUAGGUAGGUUGUGUUUCAGUUUGGUAAUUGAUCUUUGAUCUUGGCACUAUCAAUAUCUUGUUCGAGGAAUUUUUUUUUUUUUAAUGUAUGUAGCUUCUGGGUAUGGAUUUUUUCCCGUGAUAGUAACGUGAAAACAAGUAUUUAUAAAUUUGGUAAACAUACAUAUCUUGUUUCCCAAAAUA